CUGCGUCCCUCCUCGGACGAAAUGCCUCCCGCCGCCACCAGCCCGGGCAGCACCUCUUCCAGCAGCGCCCCCGUCACGCGCCGCGGGGAGGCGCCGCCACCACCGACACCACCUCCGGCAGUAAGGUAGUAGAACCUCUCCCGCCCCCGAAGCCGCCAAGACGGUCCAUGUGCCCGCCCUCCCCCACCCCGGACUCCACCGAGCAGGACCAAGGCACCUACGAGGCCAUCUUCUUCAAGGGACAGGACCAGUCUGACUAUGAUAAUGUGGAGACUUCUGAUUAUGAAAACGUGGACGUGCAGCAGAAGCAGCAGCUGCAGCCGCCGCCGCCUCAGCCCAUACACAGCCGGACCCGCUCCAGCUCGGCCACCUUCACCCACUCCCACACCCACGACAGCUCAGAUUCAGAUUAUGACACCCCGCGACCCAUACAACCAGCCCACGCCCAUUCCAACCGGAUGUACAGCACAAUAUCCUUCAAGCCAGUCAAGAGUCGCCGCACCUCCAAGAUGAAGGACGCGGGCCACGUGUACGAGAACACCAUUCACCGAUACGAGAACCUCACUGCGGGGGGCCGCUACCACACUCUGCGGGAGAGAGACCACCACCAUCACCACCCCCACAGGGACCACCGCGAGCAGGACUUUCGAGACCGCGAGCACAGAGGAGGUGGUGGUGGUGGUGGGGGUAGCUGGGGUAGUGGUGGUGGGGGUAGUGGUGGAGGUGGAGAACAACGUGACACCAAAGACAGUAGAGAAGGAAAGCAUCACCAGCAGCCUCCGACCUCUUCGCACCACCCCCACCAUCACCACCACCACCUGCACCACAAUGAGAACCUCCUCAACCAGGACAACGCAAGAGACCACCACCAGCACCCUCACCACCACAGAAACGAGACCACCACCGCCUCGCUCAGAGAUCGCAACGAGAACCUGCGAGAUCGCAUUGCCCUCACGCUUCCCCGACGUCCUCGCGCCGCCACCGCCUUCAGCAGGAGUACCGUGUCGCGGGCUGACUCUUCCGAGGACUCUGAUGGGGACCACAGACCGUUGUCUUUAGAGCUGCGCGAGGCCCGAGCCAAGCAGGAGAAGCGGCCGUCACGGGACAUCGAGACCGAGACCGAGCCGGAGGAAGUGUUGGCGCUCGAGGCUGGGGGGUCGUCCUGCUCCCUGUCCUCGGUCUCUGCCUCCCUCUCGGACCGGAGUGUCUCGACUGAUCACAUCGAGGAGGUGAAGAGCGACAUCCCCUUCGCUGGUCUGUUCCGAGGCAGCGUCAUCACCCCCAUGGAGGGACCCGAAGUGGUGUCUGCGUUAGAACGCCCGCGCUCUCUUACUACCGGCUCCGGCCUCAGACCUUCCCUGGACAGAGGAUGUCGCAACAGCAUGCCAUCCGGGAGGGAGCAAGGCGGAAGCGGCGGCAGCAGCGGGUCAGGCGGCGUUGGCCUCCUGUCGCCGCUAGAGGAGGCCGAGGAAUGGGCGAGGAUCAACGACAUCAUGGCUAGCUUCGGCGGCGGACUGGCGCGGGAGAGCGUGUUCAUGGCUGAGCUGGAGCACGAGUUUCAGACCAGAUUGGGCCUGUCCCUGUCCCCAUCACAGCAGGGUUUUGGUCUCCUCACGGGCGGUGACGGUGUGGGCGUGAGCGUGGGCGUGCUGGAGAGUGGCGACAAGACGGUGGGUGGGUGGCUGCGGGCGCUGGGCCUUCCGCAGUACGAGGACGUGUUCGUGGCGCAAGGCUAUGACGACACAGACUUUAUGAACGGAGGCAUCCUGGAGUCUGGUGAUCUGCGGGAGCUUGGCAUCACCCAGGCCAGCCACGUACAGGCCCUGGGGGAGGCGGUGUCUCAGCUGCCCACACCCUUCUCUGGACCCCAGGCCUCAUACACUCUCCCAGACACUGUGGAUGCCUGGCUUGAGUCCAUCCGGCUGCCUCAGUACUCACAGAUUUUCCACAAGAAUGGUUUUGGAGAGAUGGAGCGAGUGAGGAAGGUGUGGGAGAUUGAGCUCACCACAGUACUUGAGAUCACUCGGCCCGGCCACCGAAAGAGAAUCCUUGCAUCACUUGGGGAGCGGCCACUGGAGCCUGAGCUGCCACCAGCACUCAACCCCCACGACCUGAGCCUGGAGCUUAGCAAACUGAACUCUGAUAUCUCCCAGCUAAAGGAACAGCUACUCAAUGACCUGCCCUCCUCCACGAGCCGAGAGAGGCGUCCCCCUGAGAGCACCAGCAACACCAUCCGGCGGUCUGGCACCAAAAAGCGCAGUGCCCCUCAGCCGCCUGCCAAAAAUUAUUUUGUGGUCAGCAGAGCACCCAGAGCCCAGCCCAGCAUGGACAUGCAAGGUGGCAGUGAACAGCUGAGCCACCUGCCCAUCAGGGACCCCUCCCAGUUGGUGGUGGGGGCACCCAACACCCUCCACACCACCUGGAAACACCAUCCCACUGCUCUGGUCUCUGCCAGUGUUCAGUACAUUGCACAGUACUUGGGUUCAACUCAUGUCAAGGAGUUGAAAGGAACAGAGUCUACCAUGAAGUCUAUUCAGAAGCUGAAAAAGACACCAACUGAUGGGACAAAGGUGCCAAAGAUCAUCCUAUCUGUGUCCUUCCGUGGAGUGAAGUUCAUGGAAUACAACACACAGAGUUUGGUUUGUGAACAUGAGAUCCGCAACAUCCACUGUGCCUGUCAGGACGCUGAGGACUUGUCACACUUUGCCUACAUCACCAAAGACUUGGAGACAAAGGGACAUUAUUGUCAUGUGUUCAGAGUACAAACUAGGGAGUUAGCUACCGAGAUCAUCCUUACCCUUGGGGAGGCGUUUGAGGUGGCAUACCAGCUGGCUCUGCGGGAGCAGCCUUACACUAACCAGUCUGACGAGCAGAAGCUGGCACAUGGCCACACCAGGUCCAAGUCAGAACAUCUACGGGGCAGCCGCACCCUCUCCAAUGGGUCCUCCCACACCAGAUCACAUUCCACGGUGCCCCAGCAGAUGUCCAUCGGGGGGGUUUCCAGCAGCUCGGCAGAAAAUCUACUGUCAGAUUCAGGCAACGGGUCUGAAAAAGAGUGUGGCUCUAGAAGAGACUCGCUUAGCUCAGUACCAUCAAAUCAGAGCCAGAUGAAUGGAUCUUAGUAAUCCCCAAAGCUGUGUUGUAAGGAGGAUAGAAGAGUCAUGUGUUCACAAGUAGCUCCACUGUCUGGUGGUGGAGGUAGAAGAUGCUCAUAGAGGAUGCUCCUCACGCCGUCAUGGGGUUCCCUCACUAUAUGGUUGUGGUCAAGACAACAUGAUGCAGAAGGGUGAGACAUGAUGACGUAAACACAUGCUCUUCGUGGCUUCUCGGGAAACUGACAACACAGUGAUUGUGGAUGUAUACUCAAAAGUCUAUUUCCCUGAGACUCAGUAUUACUACAGACUUAUACAGGAAACCUGUUUCUUAUCCAAGGACUUUAAAAAAUUCCAGUGUUAUCCUGUUUCUAUGUUUAUCAUUUAAUGGAGCUCAGCUAUUGAUGUUUGACUCGUAAGAUAACAGAAGAGAUACUUUAUAUGUGUGUGGAUGACUUUAUCUAUGUGUUAACAUGGAAAAACUGGUAUGCAGUAUUCAAUACUGAUGAGACACUCUUGCUAAAUGUGCUAUAUAUGACUGGUCUUCGAAGUGUACACAUGAAUGGGUGACAGGGAAGUGACUGUAAUGCAAUGGUCUCCAAGAGAACCCACACAACCUGAGAUUGCAACAGUAAGAUAUAUGUGAAAGCAUAGAAAGUAUUAAUAACUUGUGUUAUGGGUCUUGAGGGACUUUAUGUAACAUAGAUGUUUGUAGUGCUAUUGAUCAUGUGCCGGCAUCUCACCUAUACACUGACCAAGGGUUAAUUUCCAAAUUGUGUAUAUCAAAAUUUUUUCAGAUUACUACUAUCUACAAUCAGUCUUGAACAGUAACCAAUGUAACAUGCCUUUAGCUAGCCUUUACCAGAGCAUUAGUAGUCUGGGAGCAUGGUGGGCCAAGCAGUGCUGCUGUACAGAACAACAUAGAGUGCUGUUUUAGGUCUACAGAAGUUGUCUUUCACAAAGUGUCAAAUAUUUAUAUGUUCAUUGUUAAUUGGAAAUGGACGACUGUUGAGGUGAGGGCGUGGAGAGCUUCACUAUUUUCCACAGUGAUGAACAGGAGUGACCCUUUUUUAUAUUCUGCACUAUUUAGUUCCUCAUUUUGUUUCAUUAUGCUUUACUAGUUAAGUAUAAAAGACAUUUUACAUAUUUACAUUUUAUCAUGCAAGAAUGUUUCCUCAUUAUGGAGUGUAUAUAUCAUUAUCUUCAACAUCAUUAUGUUCAGUACAUACUAUAUGAUUAUUACUCAAUACUCUUGAAGAACAUGGAAUGAGGUUUGUUUGUCAACCUUCCCAGCACCACCAAAGGCCUGAGCAGUGAGCCGGGCAACAUUCAGUAUGUCAGUGAGUGCUACAAGGUACAUUGCUUUAGCCAUCUUCAUUUUUACACUUCAAUUUCACAUCAGCUGUCAUUCUUCAUUGCACAUUUACUCAGGUUCAGUUGCUAGUAUCAUGCUGAAUACUGUGUUAAGCUCAGUUGCUGCAAAUAUAUUGUAUAUAAGUAUGCGUGUGAGGAAGCCUGGCCAUGUGGUUCAAGCUUGUGUUGGUGAGGCCGUGCUGAGUCCUGGCACAGCCUCCCCACGGUAACAGUUCAUCAGUAGCAAGAGUAGCAUGGAAAUUGUAUUAGUUAUAAUAUUCCACUUAUCUCUCUCAUUGUGAUGAUAGGCUUAUAAAGAGUAAAGUUUAGGUACAGAGUAUUAAGGUCAUAUAAGUGAUAGUAGGGUAACCGGUGUUGUGUGGGUGGACCAGGUGGGUCACGGCAGGACACGGGUGCAGCGGCCAAGCCAGCCCUCGGAAACGGUGCUUAGGUGGCACUGCGCGUGUGCAUCUCUAGGUUGUUUGCACGGCUGCGUCUGGUAGAUGUCUGGUAGUAUUGUAACUAUGUACACUAUAGGCUAUUGGUUCUCUUGAAUUUGGUACCAUUUCUUCAUCAAUAUAGACACACUAUGUACAGAAAAAAUAUAUUAAAAACCAAACAAAUAUAUCUUUUUGGUAAAUAUAUGUAUAUACACAAAUUGUAAGUCAUGGUUUUGAAUGAAAACUAUUUUUUUUAUUUAUACUUUAGUUCAUAAAACUAUUGGGGUUAACUUGCAGACACUGGCACCCACUUCAUUCCAGCCUUCAUGUAGUGCUUCAAGAAUCUAUGGCAUGUUAGUAUAGCAGUUCCUGACCCUUCCAGUUUUGAAUACAUCUAAUGUUGAUGUUAAGGGGAUCACUUUUAUGCUAGUCACUCAUAUCGACCAAACUCAGUGAGGUGAUUCUAGGUAGCGGGCAGCCUCCCCUGGAGCCCUGGAGCCCGGCAGUCACACACCCCGGGCCCGCUGAGGGCGGUGCCAUACGUACUGUAGGCGUCAAGAGCGUUUGUCAUAUUUUGUAAACAUUUUGUACAUGGAGCAACUUUUAAGGGAUUUUUUAAGUACAUUCUACCCACGUAGAGGUUUUCUUGGGCCCUUAAUGACCCACUUCAUGGAGUGUGCAAUUCAGUCUUUGAAAUAAGAUUAUAUAAUAAUACUUUAAAAACUACCCAAAACUAUUUUAUAAUAAUUAUUCUGUAAGGUUGAAAAGUCAGGAAUAUCUUGAAACCAUAUUGUAAAUUUUUACUUAUAUUACUCCUAUUAGGGAGACAUUUUGAAAAUAUUUAAAUUGUAUACAUCUUAAUUACAGUAGAUCCGACUGGAUUACUUAAGUACACCAGCAAAUGAUGUGUACUGUGGACAUUUGCUAGUCAUGAGAUAGUGUCCUCUCAUCUGUGUGUGUUGAUAUCACUGUUUGUGUUGUAGUGGAGUGGACACGGCUGUUAAUACUGUGCGUGAGUGUGAGGAUCCCUGGUGCACCUCAUCCUGCCUGCCUCCCACCCUUCCCUCAUGGAUGUAGUCUGGCUACUCACUGUUCUCAGUGCAUUGACACUCAGCCCAAUUAGAGACACAAUUGAGUAUUUUACUUAAAAUAUGAGGUUUGUGGUGUCUGAAGGAAGGGUUAGCCCCUACCCACACAGUAGCCCAGCCACCACCAUCACCCUCCAUGGCCUCAUACUUACUGUAAUUCAUAAUUGAUACUCUAACUUGACCCAUAUUUGGUGUGAUUGAAUACUGUCUCUUGAAAAGUAUUAAAUCAUGUUUUCUUAGGGAAAAAAGAAUACAAGGUGGCUUCACAACAGGUGGUCAUUAUGUUCAAAGAGAUGUAUACAAAACAGUACAUUGUAUGUAGUAUAUAUUACUUAAAGGUCUGGCAGUUACUCAUUUCAUGUGUAAUUGAUUAUCAGAACCUAUAUCUUAUGCUAAAUCAUGUUAUACUACUUAAUUUUCUUCAUUACAUUUGCUCAGUAUUGGCUGCCCAACCCUUCAGUAUAAUGUAGUGUACUCUGUGGCUGUAGAUGGUUGUGAAUAGUAAGCCCAUACCUGCCUUCAACAAAUCGAUUCUUCCAUUUCUUCCCUCCCAUGGCCCCGCCCUCCCCCGCCUCACCCAUACCUUUCCCUGCCCCGCCUCAUGUCCAGCUCCUCCCCUCUUCCCCCCGCAGGCAUGUGCACGCAUCAGAGGUACACAGUGUUGCUGGAUUGCAUGUGUUGUCGAGGCAUAUUUUCACAGCUUCGUAUUUUGCACUUUUUUCCAUCGGUUGUCAGUUCUAUGUCUUGAUGCAAACAGUUCACACAAGUCAGCUGACUUUGUUUCUCUCUCUCUCUCUCUCUCUCUCUCUCUCUCUCUCUCUCUCUCUCUCUCCUGUGACCAUUACUCAGUCGUAGGAAUAAAAGAAUGAUGAAAAAAUAAACUUCGCUAUUUUAUCUUUCCCAAAACAUCAUAAUAAUUGUCAACCAUUUGGGGAGACUGGAUACACAACAUAUUUGUAAAGGCGCCUUUUGAAACAAGAGGGAUGAAAUGUUGGGUAAAAAAAAAAAAAAUCAAUCUUCAGUGCUCUCCAGAUUUUUUUUUUAUUUAUUUAUUUUUUUUUUAGCCUAGUGGGUUUAUACUAAGAAUCUCAAGCUUCGUGUUUAUAUCCAUCAGUAAUCUAAUGCUUUACCAGCUUGAAGGUAUCAUAAGAGACGGAGAUCAUUUAUUAUACCUGUUCUCUAACCACUCAGUGAUCUCCCGCGAUCACCCAGAAUUGUAUAUGAGUUUGUGUUAUGUUUAAAUGGACACACAGAGUUCAAAUGUUAUUAUGAACAAUAAAUCUUUAAUGAAA